UUUUUCCAAAAAAAUUUUAGCCUGCCGUUCGUCUACAGCGUGACCAACAUGGCCCUAAAAGAGUUCGACAAAGGCCCGCCCAGGGGUUCUGAUGAUGACUGCAGCAAACCAGAUGAAUGUAGAGGUCUUGGAGAAUGCAUGAAUCAGACAUUUCUUGAAGUCUCGUGGAGCAGAAUUACGCCGCAAGUAUAUGCUUUUACACAUCUAGUUGGGGAAGUGGCAGAGCAAGGCUUGAAGGAUUCCAGCACCUCCAUGACGAACUUCAGCCUGACAAUAGAUUCUUCGAGCACGUUCACGAUGAACUUCAAGGAGGAAAAGACACACAACGCUAAGGAUAAUGCUGUUUGCGUUAAAAAGGACACUCCUAUCGUAAAACCCGAGACUUGGACGAUCACGAAUGAUGGGGAGUUCAAGGACAAAGGACUACUCGUCUUCAGCCUGCUUCCACAAAACGCAACUUUUGAGUACGUUGGUGGUCAACGCAAAGGACAUCCAGACGGACCUCGUUGUGAACUCUUCGUUAAAUUUGUGAGAUGUGAACGACUACAAGCUACUCCUUGUCAGCUCUUCAACAACAACGCCACCGACUACUUCGACGACCACAGAAGCUCCAUCAACGGAAACAUCAGAGCCGCCUGA